AUGGCGCUCGUCCAACUACCCACUGAGAUCCUAUGGACCAUCACAUCAUGCUUUUGCCACCAAAGGGACAUUUACGCCUUCAUCCGGACUAAUCGUCAUCUAUACGAAACACUUAUCAAGUUUCUGUAUUACUUUCACGCCCACUAUAGGCAUGGAGCCGCGCUCUCUUUUCUCGCCGAGCGGAACCUCUUUUUACAAGUUCAAAAUUUGCUAGACGGGCUAAAUGCUGCCCGCAACCAGCCUCAAGCAUCCCUGGCAGUAAUAGAAGCAACGGAAGAUAAGGCUCCAAAGAUGUACGAAGAAGAAGAAGACACUGUGCUAAGGAGAACACGAGAAAGAUGGGACCCCACGGAUAUUUUUACCCACCCACUUUUCCAGCAGGGAUACAGUAUCCCAAGCGUUGUGAAUAUCCAGCACGCUCUAGUGGUGGCAAUUCAGGGUGGCCAUACCAAAAUUGUGGCUAUCUUGCUAGACUUUGGUGCACAGGCCAACUUUGAAUGUGGGAGGCGUACUCAAUAUACUCGCAACUGGUGGCAUAGUAAGGAGGUUGAUUACCCGCCCCUCUUUACUGCGGUGCAGUUUGGGAAUCUGGAGCUUAUAAAGUUACUGCUUCAGCGUGGUACUGAUACUGAUCCAGAGCUGUAUACCCCUUCACCGUUAUAUCGUGCUGUGAAAGAUGAUCGACGGGAUAUUAUCCCUAUAUUGCUCAAAUAUGGUGUAGGGCCACAAGCAACAGCGUUGAAGCUAGCUGUACUACACAAGGAUGAGUCUAUGGUGAGACUUCUUCUUGAUGGAGGAUUAAAUGUUUUACAGUACGGACAUGCUGGACUCUACACUGCUAAAAUGAAGGGCGAUCAGGAUAUGGUCGACUUAUUAGAGUCUCGGGGUGCGACUUUAGCUGCACUUACUGACGUUGAAAAGGAAAAUUGGGCGGGGGAGGACGGGGAUGGCACUCGGCCUAUUUUUCAGCGUAUGUUUAUUUCCGACGAGAACGAGAUCGAAGAGGAAGAGGAUGAUGAGGAUUGA